AUGCUGAGGAACUCUGCUCUAAGUAUUUCGUUCGCUUUUACCUUCCUUCGCCGGCAGGGCAUCAGCAUCAUUGCCGCGUCGCAGGACCGUGUCCCUGUGCCACAAUACGAUCUCCCUCAAGAGGUCUUGAAGGCCGGAGAGGGCCAGAUCAAGCCGGUGAUCGACACGACAGGCAAGCAGAAACCAGAUCGUUUACCUCAUACCAUUACAAUCGACCUGCGGAUUGUCGAGAAGGUGAAUGCUGUUUCAACGACUCCGCGCUUCGAUGUAAAUCGUGGAGGUGCAAUUACCGCACACAAGGGGUAUUUCAGUCUCGACAAUCAAACGUGGGGCGAUCCGGUCGCAUUUGGAACUUGGUUCGAAGAUGGACAAGGUCAGAUUCUCGUUAUUGCGAAGAUGGCACGAGAGUAG